AUGCACAAUACUUCUUUAUUAUUUGAAGAUACUGAACGUUUACAAUUCAAUGAUAAAAAUUAUCAAUCAAAUAAUGAAAACCACAGUGCUUAUACUCAAACCAAUUUAGGUAUGGUCUCAACAAGCCAAAGCUGGAGAAGUGCCAUGACCAAUGUUAGAAUCUCGGAAGGAGCUUGGUACUUUGAACUCUCGACAAUAAAGGUCAACAAUGAAACACUAGAUACUAUGAGAAAUGACAAUAACAACAAUAAUCGUAAUCAAACAAAUUUCAGUGACAAAUACAUUAAUGAGAAAAGCAAUAACGACCGUAAAAACGGAAAUUUCAAUGUUAGAAACAUUUCACCUGUUGUUGCAAUUGGAAUUGGAAGAAAAUGA